AUGUGGGCACGUGUUCUUGCUCGAAUACCGUUCGCAGCAAACGCCGAAGGGAAGAGCCUGAAGUGGUUAACGUUGGCGGUGGGUAUCGUGGUGUUGGCAGCUGCGGGUGAUGCACAAACACGCCGGCAACAACAACAGCAACGUCUCCGGCAGCGUGUUCUAGCCCCAUCCAGUGCGGAGUAUGUGGAUAGUGCGGAGGACGCUCAGCAGCAGGACAACCGUCCCCAGGCACAGCAGUACUACGCCCGCGCACAGGAACGGCUCGGCGAUGUUGUGUUGGUAGCCUCAUCGGAUGAAGAUUACGGUGGCGGCCAGUACGGAGCACCGGUUGCCGCUGCACGUCCCCGCGCUGACACGCAGUACCAGCGGCCAGUGGCUAAGAGUACGACGGCUGCACCGGUUGCAGCUCGCCAGAAGGCUGCUGCUAGUGAGUCGCGUGCACCACCGGUACAGACGAUCCGCAACUACAGCAAGGUAAACGAUGACGGUUCGUUUACGUUCGGCUACGAGGCGGCCGAUGGUUCGUUCAAGGAGGAAACGCGUGGUACGGACUGUGUAGUGCGUGGCAAGUACGGUUACAUCGAUCCGGACGGUAACAAGCGUGAGUUUACGUACGUUUCGGGCAAUCCUUGCGAUCCGAACAAUCCCGACGGCAGCGAGGAGGAAGAGAACGAUCGUUCCGAGGGUGGACAGGAAGACUCGAACGAGAAUGUGCCCCAGAACUACCCGGUGCGCCGUCCGGUAGCUAUUGCGCGCCCUACGCCCGCAUCAGCCCCAGCCCGUCAUCACUCCACGCCUGCUCCGGCCCGUCCAACGACCACCGUCUUCCAGAAUGAUUACCAGGACCGGCGCCAGCAAGAGUCAGCUGCCGAUGCGGAGGAGGAAGUACAGAUCGGACAGCGUGGAUCGUCCCGACCGGCUGCCCGUCCAUUCGCUGGUUCCGUCACCACGACCCAACGUCCACGGGUACAGAUCGUCAGCACCACACCAAACCCAACACCAACCAUCUUCCACAGUCCCGCACCACAGCAACCGCAGACCGUGCUGCCGGUGAACAUUACACCCAAACCCGUGUACCGUGUGUCACCGAUUCCGACACAGCCUACGCUCGCACCUACCACCUACCGGCCAACCUCGCCCAGCAGUACCCGUGGUCCGUCGAUCGAUUUCGAGGCCGAGUUCAAACGGUUCCAGGCCGACAACAAGCUACCCAGCCCGUCAACCCCAUCCGCACCAAGCACCCCGUCCAAGCCAACCGGAACACCGUUCGGUCGCCCAGGUCCACAGCUAGCCGCCGGCAAUCCGAUCUACCAGUCGCAGCUGAUCUUCGAUCCGGCCUCCGGACAGUACGAUACCGCACUCUACCAGCAGCUGCCCCAGAGCGACGGUGACUUCCAGCUGAACCAUCGCAUCCAACCGUACGUGGCUGGACCUCCGCCACAGCAGCAGCAGCACCACCACCAGCAGCAACAUCCGGGUGCCGGUCAGCUCGUAACGCUCGAGCAGCUCCAGCAGCAGUCCCCACUGUACCGCUCGCAGCCACCGCAGCCGGCCCGACCAGUAGGACCACCGACCGUCCAGAUACCGCAGCAACUCUACCAGAAGCAGCAGAACGAGCUGCAGUUCAUCAACAGUCAGCAGCUGUUUGCCCAGCAGCUCGAGCUGCAGCAAAGUCAACUCCGUGCCGAUAGGAUCGAGGCGGCAAAGAAGGUAACGAGCGGUGGCCCACCGACGCACCGUUUCCAGCCACAGCCCCAGCAGCAGCAGCAGUACUAUUUCAUCCAGCCGCAGGGCCCACCGCAGGGUGCACCGGGACAGAUUGACGCAUUCCUGCGGGGUCACAACAUCGACUACUAA